GAUGACAAUAAAAUCAUAAAAUGUCUACUUUUAGGUACUUGUUCUCUGCUAUGAUCCAGAGGGCGCUGCUGGCCCCAAUGGUAUGGAUCCUGGUCACACUGCUGGAUGGGAAAAUCUUCAUCUGUGCCUUUAGUGUGAGUGUCGACCCUGCACUUUUUUCAGGGUUUCCUAACGACACUGAUCUGAAUGUGAUGACCAUCAUGUCCAAAGUUCCCUGUAAGGAGGACCUCAUCUUUAGGAACUCCUCCUUCCGCAAGGCGGUCUUUCGAUAUAUUCGCUGCUAUUCUCAAGUGAGUCGAAACAUUUCCACCAAAAAUCAGAGACUCUGAUGAAGUAGUGUAUUUUCUAAAGUUCAAAUA